AAAUAACAAAUUGUCUCACAAAACUCUUCUUUCAGUCAUCACAGAAAACAAAAAGAACAAUGGUGGAUCAGCUCACUGACAAUCAGAUCUCAGAAUUCAAGGAAGCCUUCAAGUUAUUCGACAAGAAUGGUGAUGGUUGCAUUACCGCAAAAGAGCUCGGUACGGUGAUGCGUUCCCUCGGUGAAAACCAAACAGCAGCUGAGCUUCAGGACAUGAUCAACGAAGCGGAUUUAGAUGGUAAUGGAAGCAUCGAUUUCCCUGAGUUCUUGUGCCUAAUGGCUAAGAAUCUAAGUCAUGAUCAAGUGCCGCCGCGUCAAACUAAAAAAACAAUGGUGGAUUAUCAUCUCACUGACGAUCAGAUCUCAGAAUUCAAGGAAGCCUUCCGCGUAUUCGACAAGAAUGGUGAUGGUUACAUUACCGUAAAUGAGCUCCGUAUUACUAUGAGCUCCCUCGGUGAAAACCAAACAAAAGCUGAGCUUCAGGACAUGAUCAACGAAGCAGAUGCAGAUGGUGAUGGAACCAUCAGUUUCCCUGAGUUUGUGUGUGUAAUGGCUGGGAAAAUGACUGACUCUGAGGAAGAAGCGUACAGAGUUGUGAAUCAAGGUCAGGGUCAAGUGCCGCGUCACACUAAAAAUGACAGAACUGGUGGCACUAAUUGGGAGAAGGACAUAGCGGUCGGGGUUGCUAGCAAUAUCAUCGCUGCGCCAAUUACCGACUUCAUUAAAGAUUUGUUUAAAGAUAUGCUUUUUUGAAAUGGCACGUCACGUCAGUAACUUUAUGCCAUCAGGGUCUAGCAAGUCUGUUAGAUCUCCCUCAAAAUAAGAAAAAAGGCGUUUGAUCAGUGAAAAUAAUUUCUUUGUUAUAAAUUUACUGUGUUAUU